UCUCUCUCACACACACACAGCUUGAAGGGGAGGAGAGCAAGCAGAAGAUAAAGAAGAGAAGAGAAGGGAGCAGGUUCUUUCCCUAACACACACCCUGGCAGGAGAGCACCAAGAAGCAAGAUCAAGGACAAUCUUAUUUUCCUGGACGGACAGACCAUCAGCUAAUAUCCAGUCCCAGCUAGUGCCGAUGAGAAGGCAGAUAUAGCUACUAUGCUUUGUUUUCUCUGGUCACGUUUGAGCUUUUUCUUCUUCCUCUCAUUGGUUUGCAAAUGUGCUUCCAACAAUGACACUCCAGUAGUGACCAGCAGUGGCCCUAUUAAAGGCAAAAUAGUCUUGACUAGAUCUGGUUCCGUGACUGCCUAUCUGGGAAUCCCCUACGCGGAGCCUCCAGUGAAUAAACUCCGUUUUCAAAAGCCCGUCCCACGUCAGCCAUGGAGUGAAGUAUUGGAGGCCACCAGUUUUGGCAACUCUUGUCCCCAGACCAAUAUUUCUGGCCUUCCUGAUAAAGACAUAUGGGUCGCCAACACACCUCUUUCAGAGGACUGUCUCUUUCUUAACAUCUGGGCACCCCAUCCUCGACCCUCAAGACCAGUGCCUGUCCUUGUAUGGAUCCCAGGCAUGGGCUUCAUCACUGGCACAGGUUCACUAGAUAUCUAUAACGGAGCCAUGUUGUCUGCUACAGAGAAGGUCAUAGUGGUUUCCAUGAAUUAUCGCUUGGGUGGUCUAGGCUUUUUGUACUUGCCGCCCUACGCCCCAGGAAACGUGGGCUUGUGGGACCAGCAUUUGGCCCUAAAGUGGCUGAAGGAGAACAUAGCUCUUUUUGGAGGCGAUCCAGCUCAGUUGACUCUGGUUGGGCAAAGUGCAGGAGCAGUUUUGGUGACUUGCCAUCUCCUUUCCCCUCUGAGCCAGCCCCUUUUUGCCCGUGCGGUGCUUCAGAGUGGCGUUCCCAAUGCCAUUUGGCCCUGGAAGAGCCCCCAAGAGGCCCGCACAGAUGCGAUAAUGCUCAGCAAACAAGUGGGGUGCGCAAAAGAUAACGACAGAGCUGUGGUGAGCUGCCUACAGGAGAUAGACUUUACACAUGAGAACUUUACUCAUCUGAUCCUGAUCAACUCGUUGACCACAGAUGGCCAUUUCCUCCCAGGCAAAGUCCCAAAUCUGCUGGACACAGCAAUUCUUCAGGGAAAGCCAAUUCUUACUGGGGUCACUGAUGAUGAAGGCUCUGCUUUUGUAUUGCUUAUGUAUCCGAGCACAAAAACAAACGGAGGAAUGUUAACAUGGGAGCAGCUUCUCCAAGGUGUGACAAUAACUCUGCGAAGAGGGACCACAAAAGAAGUUGCGCGCACCGUCGCCCAGAAAUUCAGUGAAGCUAAUCAUGAGCAAUACCGUUUGGCGUUUUCUCAGUAUAUGCGAGAUUAUUUCAUGGUGUGUCCCUUGAUUGAACUUGCUGCGAAGAUCAGGAAAGCUAGGAAGCCGGUGCAUGUUUACUCCUUCAGUCACCACCCUUCUGGCUCUGGAUGGCCUGAGUGGGUAGGGACGCCCCAUGGAGCAGAAAUACCUUAUGUCUUUGGAACCAUGGCGUCAGCAACAAACCGAUCCAUCACGGAGGCUGAGGAAGCAUUGAGCCGUCAGAUGAUGAGAUACUGGGCACAGUUUGCCAGAGGCGGAACUCCAACAGGAUCAAAGCCAGAUGAGGUACAAUGGCCACUGUACGACGCCACAGAGCAGAAUUUCUUUCACAUCAGCACAGGAGCACCUCAGAUCAAACGCCUGUCACCUGCCCCACUCUGCGACUUCCUGGCUACGCUUCCUGUGAACGACAUACCAUCGUCAGAGAAAUCUCCAGAAGACCCGGAUUCGUGAAUUGGGAAGUUGAACCAGGAAUAUAGAAUAUGACAUAUAAAACCAAGAAUACAAGUUGAAUCAAGAUAUGAGCAUUGUUUAGGUGUUAGAGUAUAUGGGAAGAACUAUAGUCCUAUGAAGAGGUUGGGAGUGACUGGCUGAGCUUUAGUUCAACAAAAAUCACUGAAUGAACCCAGUGUAAUGGUGGCAUGUGUGUCUCAGCCUAUGCCAACUCCACUUCUGAAUCUGUCCCUUUAGGUGGUAUAAUAGAAAGGCAAGAGACUAGGUAUAUUUAGUCUUGGGUGCAAAUACAUUCACCUGAUUUUAGAGAUAUAUUCAUUGGGCUUUGGGCAUCUUAAGGAAUAACCCAUAUAUUCUUUCUUUGUAUGAAGGGAAAUCCUAGUUAAACAGAGUUCCCAUUUCCUGGAAGGAAGCCUGUGCUAAAUAUAUAGAUACAGUUUCCUUAGAAAUAGGCCAAUUAAAAAUGGGAGGUGGUGAGUGUGAAUACAUCUAUAAGUAUGGUUGGAUUGUGCAUUUGGGACAGCUUCACAUCUACUACAAAACACUUAAUAGCUCUAAAACUGUGGGCCGUUAGCAUGAAUGCCAUUGCACCCAUGUUCUACUUGAGGUCAGUUGAGGAAUCCCACUUUUUCCAUCAUCUCUAUUACAUCUUAAUGCUGUUCAUAUCAUCGUCAUCAUCAUCAUCAUUAUCAUUGCUGUUACCACCACCACCACCAUCAACAAAGCCUCCAAUGAUAACAUCAUAUUCAUGAGCUGUCAUCAAACUUACUAAUAGUGAUCUUUUUUCCAAUCAUAUUUGGGUUUUUUUUCCACCCUUUCUUGGAACAGAUUUUCCUUUUAGCCUCUUUCCACAUAUGAUUCUUUAAACCAUUAUCAUCAAAUAAAGUGCAUACUAAAAUGAAAAGUAAA